CUGGAGAGUGUCUGUGCUGGACACGUUUUGGACCUGUGGAUUAGCCCUGGGUGCGUCAGGAACAUGAGCUCACCGCUUUCGAUAUUGGGGAAAAACAAAAGAGUUCCCCUCCCCGCUGGCCAGAACAUGGGGCAGAGAUGCAAACCUUUCAAAGAGAAAACAUGUGCAGGGCGUGAAGCGACACAGAUGAGUGACAUCAUCUCGCCCGGACCAAGGCAGCAUGUCGCCCUGGCCCCAGAUGCUCCUUCUACUUCCAGGUCAAAGGUCACACUGAGAAAAGGUGGCAUCAGUGCCUCAGGCCUCAGUGACUUUGAGCUGAUGUCCACAAUGAUGGAGAAACUGCAUCUGCUGGAGAAGAAGGUGUGCAGCCAAAGCAUGGAGAUCCAGAGCAAGGAGAAAAAGAUUGCUGUGCUGCAAGAGAAACUGAGGAUUCUCCAGAAAUCAAAAGUGGAGGGUGGAAGCUCUGGUCGAGUGGAGGAACUGCAACAGACCUGCCACAGGCUCCAGAACCAGGUGUGGGAGAUGGAGCGGUUCCUGAAUGACUAUGGCAUGGUGUGGGUGGGAAGCAGUGUCGGUCCGCAGGAAGAGGCAGAGACGAAAGAGGAAGUACUGCAUAGGCCACACCUACCUGAGCCAGAUGUCUCAGUGGACCGGGACUUCCACAUGAACUUUGACCUGGUCCUGCGGAGCGUGCGGGACCUGAAUGUCCUGGCGGGGGAGGAUGUGUCCCAUGUGCAGGCCACGCCUGGGGGGGCCCGCCUGGCCCGCCGCUCGCCCAUCCCCCUCUCUCUCUUCAGAAACGGCAUCAUCAUGUUUGAUGGCCCCUUCCGCCCAUACCACGAUCCCAGCACACAGCAGUGCAUGCUGGACCUGAUGGAUGGAUACUUCCCUUCUGAGCUGCAAGAGAGGUUUCCAGAUGGGGUUCCCUUCCAGGUCAAUGACAGGAGGGAGGAGGAGUUUAAGGAGAGACAUGUGGGGGCGAAGUUCCCAGGAGAGGGGAAGUCUGUGGGUGUGGCCACAGAAUUCACCAUUCACAGCAAUGGACACACCCCCGGGCAAGCUGUGCACGAUGGACACACCCCCAAGCAAGCCGUGUACGAUGGACACACCCCCAAGCAAGCCGUGUACGAUGGACACACCCCCAAGCAAGCCGUGUAUGAUCAGGCAACAGGUGGAAAGCUGUCCGUGGAGCAGUUCCUGAACAAGCUGCCGAAGACGGUGAUUAGGGCGGGAAGAGUGAUUGACAUUCGCAGCUCUCUGAAGGCGGACAUGCAGACACAGAGCCCUUCCUGCAACUCAACUGUCAUAGAAACACCAGCCCUGCAGGACCCGAGGUCCCCUGCUGAUGAUGUCAUAGUGCUGAAGGUGAGGGCGGAGGAUGGGCGGAGCUGCUACAUCCUCAGGAUGCUGUUCUCUGAGACAGUCGGGCAGCUGCGCCACUACCUGGACACUCACAGAGGGCCCAGAGCAUACCACAUCACCAGCACCUUCCCCACGCGUCGCUAUGACGACAACUCCCAGACGCUCCGCGCUUGCGGCCUGACGUCCAACGCCAGCCUGCUGCUGCAACCCCACAAGGACCCCUGACACCAGACCCUUCUCUCCUAAUCUCCAGUCCUGGAGAACUGCAGUAACUGAAAGUAAAUCACAAAACCCACCAAUCAGUAGCCAGUUUAGACCUUUAAGACCAGGUACAUUGACUCCUUAACCAAUCAGUGACUUAAAGUACUGAAGUGUAGAAACACACUUAAAACCUGCAGACACUACGGCCCUCCAGGACUGGAGUGAAACCUGCAGACACAGCGCCCCCUCCUGGACUGCAAUUAAACCUGCAGACACAGCACCCCUCCUGGACAGGAGUUAAACCUGCACCCCCUCCAGGACUGUUUCUCAUGAUGCCAGGACAUAAAUGAUGAUAGAUUGUUUGAGUUUGAGUCCUCUUGAUUUAUGAGGGGAUCACUGGCACAGAGAUCUGGAACGUUCCCCUGGGACGGAGAUCUGGAACGUUCCCUUGGGACAGAGAUCUGGAACGUUCCCCUGGGACAGAGAUCUGGAACGUUCCCCUGGGACAGAGAUCUGGAACGUUCCCUUGGGACAGAGAUCUGGAACAUUCCCUUGGGACAGAGAUCUGGAACAUUCCCUUGGGGCAGAGAUCAGCAGGGGAGGAACCUGGGUUCACACAAGAAUUCAACAACCAGCGUUACUAUGGAAACAGAUCCAGUGUGUUCUGCCAGGCACAAGCCCACACCACAGAAACCACCACAAAUGACAUAAUUUCACCAGCUAUUUAUUAUCUUCUUGGAAGACAACAGAUUUUUUUUUGGCCAUAAAGGGCAGUGGUCCAAAGGCAAAGCAGUAAAAAUGGAAUGUCGCAUUUGGUCAGAGUGUUAGGGCGAGGUACAGGUACACAAGUAUGUUACAGUAACGUUAAAGUAGCGUUCUCUCAAUGUUACAGUAACGUUAAAGUAGCGUUCUCUCAAUGUUACAGUAACGUUAAAGCAGCGCUCUCUCAAUGUUACAGUAACGUUAAUACAGCGCUCUCUCAAUGUUACAGUAAUGUUAAAAUAGCGCUCUCUCAAUGUUACAGUAACGUUAAAGUAGCGUUCUCUCAAUGUUACAGUAAUGUUAAUACAGCGCUCUCUCAAUGUUACAGUAACGUUAAAGUAGCGCUCUCUCAAUGUUACAGUAACGUUAAAGUAGCGUUCUCUCAAUGUUACAGUAAUGUUAAAAUAGCGCUCUCUCAAUGUUACAGUAAUGUUAAAAUAGCGCUCUCUCAAUGUUACAGUAACGUUAAAGUAGCGUUCUCUCAAUGUUACAGUAACGUUAAAGUAGCGUUCUCUCAAUGUUACAGUAACGUUAAAGUAGCGUUCUCUCAAUGUUACAGUAACGUUACAGCAGCGCUCUCUCAAUGUUACAGUAAUGUUAAAAUAGCACUCUCUCAAUGUUACAGUAACGUUAAAGCAGCGCUCUCUCAAUGUUACAGUAAUGUUAAAAUAGCGCUCUCUCAAUGUUACAGUAACGUUAAAAUAGCGCUCUCAAUGUUACAGUAACAUUAAAGUAGUGCUCUCUCAAUGUUACAGCUGCUCCCAGUGCAUUUAUAUUUCUGUUCUGCACUCGCUGGUCAUUUGUCCGGUCAGGAGCUGGACGCUGAAUGCUCUACUACUGAAUGAUGAAUUCACAAUUCUUCCACAACAUAGACACUAAUACUGUAUGUGGGGGGGAAAUAAAAAUCAACUGGUUUGAUGAAUAGGCUCUUUCAUUUAAAACCCUUUCCCACUGUAGAGCUGAACCAGGCUGGCUCAUUAUGGCCCUUUCUUUAGUCCAUGUCCUAGGGAGUUUCUCUGUAAUCUCUGUUGAUGUGCAGGCCUGUGUGAGCCCAAAGGGGCUGUGUUGAUGUGCUGGCCUGAUCCCACUUCCUGCAGGUCUGGUCCUACUUUCUGCUGCCCUGAUCCCACUUCCUGCAGGUCUGGUCCUACUUUCUGCUGCCCUGAUCCCACUUCCUGCUGGCCUGGUUCCUGCUGUACUGGGGAAAUGCAGUACUGUGUUUUGUGGCACACAGGAAAGUUUUCGUCUUCAUGAUACACUACUACAGAAAUAUCUGCUAACACCUGUUUUUUCCAAAAUGUAACGCCCUUGACAUAAAAAUCUUGGCUGGGGUAACUAAGUCCCACACACAAAUGGAGCAGGGUUAGCAUGUUGGACCGAGAACUGCACAUCAGGACAUAAACCAGCACACAAUAAGAUGAUGGAAUGCAAAUUUAGCUCUGGGGGGGGCGGUUUGGAAGCAGGCAGAAAAAUGUUCAUCGCAUGAGGAGAUUCAAAAGC